GCUGAGCACCACCGUCCCUUUUUUCUCUGCCCUGCUCCUCCCGCGUCUGCUUCCUCGGCGUCUCCCAUGGCGGCCCCGGGCAACAUCGUGUCCGUUAUGGCGAGCAAGACCAAGACCAAGAAGAAGCAUUUCGUGGCCCAGAAAGUCAAGCUCUUCCGGGCCAGCGACCCGCUGCUCAGCGUCCUCAUGUGGGGGGUGAACCACUCGAUCAACGAACUGAGCCAUGUUCAGAUCCCUGUUAUGUUGAUGCCAGAUGACUUCAAAGCAUAUUCAAAGAUAAAAGUGGACAAUCACCUUUUCAACAAAGAAAAUAUGCCAAGCCAUUUCAAAUUCAAAGAAUAUUGUCCAAUGGUUUUUCGUAAUCUGCGAGAGAGAUUUGCAAUUGAUGAUCAGGAUUUUCAGAAUUCUCUGACAAGAAGUUGUCCCCUUGCUAAUGAUUCCCAAGCUCGGAGUGGUGCCCGAUUUCACACCUCUUACGACAAAAGAUACGUCAUCAAAACCAUAACAAGUGAAGAUGUAGCAGAAAUGCACAAUAUACUGAAGAAAUAUCACCAGUUUAUAGUGGAGUGUCAUGGAAACACACUACUUCCUCAGUUUUUGGGAAUGUACCGGCUUACUGUUGAUGGAGUCGAAGUAUAUAUGAUUGUUACAAGGAAUGUAUUCAGCCACCGCUUAUCUGUUUAUAGAAAAUAUGAUUUAAAGGGGUCUACAGUUGCAAGAGAAGCCAGCGACAAGGAAAAGGCCAAAGAACUGCCGACAUUCAAAGACAAUGACUUCAUCAAUGAUGGCCAGAAGAUUUAUAUUGAUGAAACGAACAAAAAGAUGUUCCUUGAAAAGCUUAAAAAGGAUGUUGAGUUCCUUGCUCAGUUGAAACUCAUGGACUACAGCUUGCUGGUUGGAAUUCAUGAUGUUGAGAGAGCAGAACAGGAGGAGGUUGAAUAUGAAGAGAAUGAUGAAGAGGAAGGAGAAAGCGAUGGGGCUCAUCCUGUUGGAACGCCUCCAGAUAGCCCAGGAAAUACACUCAACAGCUUGCAGCCUUUAGCUCCAGGAGAAUUCGAUCCAACCAUUGAUGUUUAUGGAAUAAAAUGUCAUGAAAACGCACCCAGGAAGGAGGUAUACUUUAUGGCAAUCAUUGAUAUUCUUACUCAUUACGAUGCAAAAAAGAAAGCUGCCCAUGCUGCAAAAACCGUCAAACAUGGCGCUGGUGCAGAGAUUUCAACAGUGAAUCCCGAACAGUAUUCAAAGCGGUUCUUGGACUUUAUUGCCAACAUCUUGACGUAACCUAAUGUUCCAUUGGACAGAUACAAGGUCUGGGAACAGCAGCAAUGGCUACAAGUGUGUAAGGGAUAAAAAGCUUCUUUUAAAAGGAACUCUCAAAGUGCUAUCUUGCAGAAGGCAGCCCGCCCCCCCUGUUUACAUCUGCUGGCAAAGAUGACUGACUGGGGUGAAAUACUCGCUUUAACAGCUGCCUGAUUUAUGCCCAGCAUAGUUCUAGCUAUUUCUGAUGCGUGUGUGCGUGCGUGUGAGUGUGUGCAGAAACAAAUAUAAAUUAACUAAUAAUAACUAAAAUAGAUCAGCUUCUUACUCGGUGUGCAUUGCAACAACACUCCGUGAAUACUAGCUGAGCUGGAAUGAAUGGUUAAAGGUGGGUGGGGAGGAAGGCAUUAUAUGCAUGUUAAGUUCUACAAUAUUGGUGUCGAAACUAAACUGUGGAUCAGUUUAUGUUUUGAGCUGAGAGGUGCAAGACAGUAUUUGGUGGCGAUGAUGACUAUGACCUUACUGCAAAUGUUAACACUUAACUACCCUGCAUGUUGGCACUCUUUGAAAAUAGAAACAUCAUAAGCUCCGUACGCCGGAAGCUUUCCUGUUGGCACCUUUUUCAUUUAAUUAAAUCGGCCCAUUGCAACAGGAAAUAAGUCUUCCAGCAAUUCAGAGGUUUGGCUCUCGUUUUACCAAAAUCUAAUGUCAUAAUCAUGCUGUGUGUUCUUUGCCAAGGGUAGACAUAUUUUGAGGGAGGUGGAGCAGGAACAUUAAGACUGUUUAACUGUCAUGUUACAUGAAGAUUUUACACUGUAUGUUUAUCAUAUAGGAGCUGAGUGUUACUACAAAGGAAAUCAAUGAUGCUUUUUUGGAAGAAAUUAAUCAUUUUGGGCAAUAAUAGCAUUUUCCACCACAUGAACAAAGGAAUAGGAAAGUCUGUUCACCUGUAACUGAUCAAAACCGAGACAUUUAAAUGCUUACAUUGUGCUGUUUUUAAUAUUUUAUUAAAAUAUUCUUUUUUUAAGCCCUAAA